AUGACUACGAUUAAGACAGAGGGAUUCAAGAUCCCUGGAGUGGACAACAACAACAAUAGACCGUCGAUGCACCGACCUUUCUCAGAUGGUUCAAUGACCGUUGAAACCAACCUUCUUACCUCACUUAUGUCUGGUAGUCCCCAUCAAAUACCUAUGAACAUGGUUUCCCCAUUCUCAUUCUCAUCCUCUUUACCGGCUCAAACCCAUACAUUCGACUACAGUAUGAACUCGCCCCUGUCAAGUAGUGCCGAUCGAUUCCACCCUGCAGCGAUGUUCAGCGCUAUGAAAUUUGGUAAUGACAAUCCCGAACCACCCAUCAAUUUCGGAAAUAAUGAGGAUCAAACAGCCAACGAUAAACGAUCCCGUUCACAAUCAUCUUCCCGAUCUUCCCAUGUAGGUAAAGCACCCUCAUCUCGUUCUCGAUCGGCUCGUAAAUCAAUGAAUGACGCUCGACCACCUCCCGGAUCGAUCCAACCUAGAGGUAGAUCCGCUUUACCCGGUAGAGCUCAAUCCUUUUCUGGUCCCGGUCCUGCUCAAGCGAGAGCAACAAGUCAAAAUGGUUCUGGUAAACCUAUGGGAUUGGGUAUCGGACUGGAUACUCAUGUUGAAGGUGAACAAACCGACUCCAUCUCUCCACCCGAUUUCGGUUUGAACGGAUCAUUCGGAAUGUCAAUCCCUCGAACUGAGAUCGAUACAGUCUCUUGGGGAAGUGGAAGUGUCCCUUCGAUGCUACAACCUGGAAGUCUAGGUAGUUUUGGUGAGACCCUCGACGAUGCAAUCAUCGAUAGUCCCAUGACGCCUGCUAAACCCCUGCAAGCGCUGUCGGAUGAAUCGUAUAAGAAACAGAGAAGAAGAGAAUGCCAUAAUCAAGUUGAAAAGAGAAGAAGAGAACAUAUCAAUGCCAAGAUUGAAGAGCUUUCUCAACUCUUACCUGCGAUGUAUAAUCUGCCGGAUAACGAUGAAGUGCUCUUAGACGAUGAAGAGGAAGAAGGUAAACCACAGAUCGAAUCUGGUAAGAAGAAGAAGAAGACCAAGAGAGCUGGUUCGAUGAACACCAAGUCUCAAAAAGAUGCGGUCCAAUGCAAAGGACGAAUCUUGAGCCAUAGCGUGCAAUAUAUCCGCGAUUUGAGACACGUUACGGAUGUCCAAGCAGGUCGAAUUGCGCAUCUCGAAGCGAUGUUGAUGAGUUAUGGUGUCAAUCCUGCCAUCCAACCACCUGCCGUGUCCGACGCUCAGCCAUCCCUCUUCUGGAUGGGAGAUGGCAAUAAUAAUUCUAACACGCUCAACAACCAACCAAACUUCGAUCUCGGUGGAACACAUAAUCUUGAAGUGAUGCGACCUUCCCCUGAACCCGAUCGACCAUUCUCAUUCGAUCACAUCAACCUCGAUGCUCGGACUUGGGGUAAUACUAUGACCAACGGUAAUGGCCAUGAUACCGCUCAUGAUGUUCUGAUGACAUUUGAACCAUCUCCCAACACCGCUUCGACCUCUUCCGUCAACAAUCUCAGACGAUCAAGCGAGUCCGUCUCCUCCUCUGCAAGCUUCGAUCGAGAGAACACCGAAGCGUUGGAUAUGCAUUCGCCGCUUUCGAUGAACAUGUCCAUAUCCGAUAUGAGGGGUAGACAAAGGGAGAGAACUGUGAGAAAAGAUAGUCAGGCUGAAUUGCAGAUGAGCAUGAGUGCCUUGCUGUCUGGUGCUGGUGGAAGAGAGGGAAAUGAUGGCGGGAUGCGAUGGUGA